AUGGCCGCAGUGGAGUGUAUGUCUAUGGCCUCGCGCCAUCACCCCCACCAUCCCUACAACCAACAUAGCCUUGGACGCGCCGGUAGUGUGGGAAGCAGCAGCAACAACCCCUACGCACGAUACAUGUCUCCAGUCUCAUCUGUAUCCUCUCGUCACUCAAUCUCCGAAUACUCAUCUCACGUUUCCGUACCUUCCGUCUGGUGGGUCGGCCACACAGAGCAUCAUCCGGUCGAGCCGAAACGCCGCCGUGAUAGUAUGGCCUCUAUACCAAAGCGCAGUCGCUCAAAAUACUCCCGAAACUCGAUGCUCGUGAACCCUGAUAUAAUCGACGAGCUUGACAAUGUUACUUCAUACUCUUACCACCAUGAGGGUCCCUAUGAUGCUAUCUGCCCAGAGCGAAACCGAGUCAGCCAACACAGUCCACUAGAGGCGGUUCGCGAAUCCAAUGAAGAAGCUCUACGCGCGACUCCUCGACACAAGAUCAUCGACUCAAUCAAUAGCCACAGACCACUUGAUGGCACAGCAUUUUAUCCGCCUGGCACAACAGAUCGGGAUGGACAGUCUUAUGACUAUGAGGAAGGCUCAAAUAUGAUGAAUGACUAUGGAAAUUUUAUGCGCCUCCCUGGAAAGAAAUUUACCGACGACGACUUCAAGAAUGAUCCAUUCUACAACCGACCUCUCUCAAAUCCGUUUACAACACUGAAGAAGAAAUUGAGUCUCCGUCGCAACAAGAAACGACGAAGCACCACUUAA